AGAGAUGAUGCAACCAGCAGAGAUCAGUGCUGAGUCCGUGGAGAAGACAGUGAUUCUGCUUAAAGAGAAAGCAGAAAGUGGAGAUUCUCAAGCCGCCUUUCUCCUGGGACAGUUACACUAUGAGGAGGGCCGCUUCACAGAAGCAGAGAUCAUCUUCGACGGCAUUAAAGAUGAAGAUCCCCGAGCUCUAUAUCAGCUGGCUGUCAUGUAUUACGAUGGACUUGGAACCAAAGAAGACCUUGGCAAAGCAAUGGAGUUGAUGAGAAGAGUUGCAUUGUGGGAUUCCUCGCACGCGGGCUCUGUCAGACACGCGGCGCUGUAUAACCUGGGCCGGGCGUAUCUGGAGGGUCACGGGGUCCAGGCGUCCAGCGCUGAAGCAGAGCGGCUUUGGCUCCUGGCAGCUGAUGAGGGGAACCCGGACGCUAGUGUGGAGGCGCAGUCGUCUCUCGGCAUGUUCUACUGCAGACCCGAGACCCUCGACCUCACCAAGGCGUUCUCGUGGCACUCGGAGGCGUGUGGGAACGGCAGUGUGGAGUCUCAGGGCGCUCUGGGAGUCAUGUAUCUGCACGGCCUCGGUGUGCAGAAGGACCCGGACUCGGCCCUGUUCUGCCUGAAGGACUCGGCGGAGAGAGGGAACGUUUACGCCCAGGGUCAUCUGACGGCCUGCUACUACCAGCGCAAACUCUACUCCAGAGCCGCAGCACUGGGAGAACGAGUGUGUGGAUACGAGGACACGAGCGCCAUCGCGAGACACACCGGCUGUCUGGAGGAGUUCAUCAGGAAGGGCAUCACUAUUGCCAUGUUUUACUUCGCACGCUGCCUUUAUCUGGGCCGAGGGGUCCCGCAGAACAGAGACAGGGCGAAAAGAUACUUCACACAGGCUGCCAGGAUGGAUCCAGAAAUCUGUCAGGAGCUGCAGAUGAACGUCGUACACGGCAGAAUAUAAACCACACAUCACUCGUUUCAUCUCAGAGAAGUUCAGUAUUAUUUCAGUGUGAUAUAAAGAUGAUCCAAAGAGAGGCUAGUUUAAAAUGCAUGUGCCAAAUUCUUACAAAU